CUGGGGCUUUGCUUUCAGGUGUUGGGUGCUCAGUGUGGAGCUGUGCUGGUGUGAAGCCCCUUCCUCAUUAAGAGCAGCGCUUGGUUGAGUUGUUCCUUUCACUUCUGGCAAUGGGGGGGAUUUUUGGGAAGAGCAAGAGGCCCUGUGUGUUUCCCAGAGUUGUUUAUAAGGCCAAAGGCAAGAGGACAGCGGGGACUCCACAGAUGUUCUGUGAUGCCUCCACAUGGACUGGGGAGAGCCAUUUUUACUCGGCACGGAUAGGGAGGACUCCAAAAGGCCCUGAACCUCCAAAAGUGGUGCUGGAGACUUGUGAAGGUGAAUCUGAACAGGAGCCAGCAGGGCCAGCUGCUCCUCCAAGGGCACAGCACAGCGAGGCCUCGCUCCCCGUGACCGCUGGGGACGCACGAGGUGUGGAGGGCUCACAGGAGCCUGAAGCCAAACCUCCCACCGAGGUGAUGCAGCACCAGGAGCUCCCUGAACAGGCAAAACAAGCCCAGGCAGGACAAAGCCUGCAGGAGAGCAGCGGGUCUGGAGAUGCUCCGUGUCCUGCUGGCAGCUGUGAGGACCACGACGUGCCACCUCUCCCCCAGACCACGGUGCAGGUUGAUGUCCACGUGUCUUCAGAGGUUCAGGUUGAUGUCCACGUGUCUGCAGAGGUGCAGGGGGGACCCGAGGAGGCUCAAUGUGCUCCAGCAGGGUCGCAGCUGCUGCCUGGGGCAGGGCAGGAGGCUGGAGCUGGGGGUGCUGCAGAGGAAGCUGCUGCUGGAAAGGCUCCUGUGCAGGAGGCAGGUGAUUCCCCGGCUGCUGGGGAGGACUCAGGGCUGCCCCUGGAGGCUGCUGAGACAAGAGAGGGCAUCACAAAUGGGCACAGAGCUGCUGAGGAUGCUGAAGGCCCAGCUGAUCUCCAGCUGGGACAAGACACAGAGGUUCCCAUUACUGAAGGUAUGGAAGCAAACGCUUCUGAAGCAGAGCAAGCUGGAGAGAAGGCUGAGCUCUGUGAGGAUGGGCAGGCAGCAGAGGAGAUCCCGUGCUGCCUGGCAGGAGCCCAGGAUGCUCUGCAGGAGAGGGAGAAAAUCAAAGUCAGCAGUGGGGGGAAACCAGAGGAGUACUGAAAGAGCACGUGGCAUCUGGAGCAGCAACCACAGAUGCUUUGUCUGCAGCCCAGUGAUGAAUCUGCUGCCUUGAUCUAAAGGGACUGAGGUGCCAGUGGGUUCUUGUGCCCUGAAGCCCCCAGAAAGCAGGGGUUUGGCAGAGCCUGCUUUGGAGAGCGAGCCUCAGCUUUCAAAUGUGUCUUGUCUUCUGCAAGUGGCACUAAAUUCCUUCUUACUUGGGGGAGGGCUAAGUGGAUCUCAGCACAAAAAGUGUAUUUAUGCAGGUGGUUUGCUUUUUUCUCCUCGUGUACUUAUACCCUGUGCCCUUCACAGCUCUCUCUCCCCACCUGUGGCUGCACAGGGUUAAGUCAUCUCAGCCAAACAUCCACAUAUAUUAAUUCCACUUGUCUCUACACCCCACUCUUUCUGUCACUGCUGUUUGAAACUGAUGGUGUUGAAACACUCUGUCAAGUCUGUGUUGCAACUGGAAUCAAUAAAUGGGUGCAUUUUAACACUC